UAUCGCAGCCAGCUAUACUCAGAGAAGCACCUUGUUGAACUCACUCCCCAGCUCCGGGAACUGACCCAUCUCCUGAGAGCUGCUCCUCUUCAGGAUCCCAGAGCAGGCUUCCAUGCUACUGUGGGCAUCCUUGCUGGUCCUCGCAGCUCCAGUGAGCGGACCACUUGUUCCUAUAUCGAAGUCCGUGAUUUCCCUCCAGCCUCCAUGGACCCCUGUCUUCCGUGGAGAGAGAGUGAAUCUGACGUGCGAUGGAUUUCGCCUCUAUGCACCAGAGAGAGUAGAGUGGUACCAUGUGUUCUCCAGGAGAAGAAAUUCAAGUGAAACCAUGGGAAACAUCCUUGAGGUUCGUGAUUCUGGAGAGUACAGAUGCCGGGCACCCGGCUCACUCCUGAGUAACCCCGUGCAGUUAAUCUUUCACCCAGGGUACUUCAUCCUCCAGGCCCCAUAUUCUGUGUUUGAAGGUGACGAGUUAGUUUUGAGAUGCCAGAAAAGGGGAAAAGAGAAAAUGACUGCUGUGAGAUACAUUUGGAAUGGAAAAGUUAUUUCUAACUCUAGUAAAAGCACAGAUGUUUUGAUACCACAAGCAAGAUUAAGUAACAGUGGCUGUUACCAAUGCAUCGGAUACUUGGAAAACGCUUAUGUAUUAAAAUCAAAUCUCAGAUAUAUUCAAAUUCAAGAACUGUUUUCACGUCCAAAGGUGAAAGUCACAGACCCUCAGCCUACAGAAGGGAAUUCGGUAAACCUGAGCUGUGAAACACAGCUUCCUCUAGAGCGACCAGACACUCGGCUUCACUUUGUCUUCCUUAGAGACAAUGGGGUCCUCCUCUCAAACUGGAGCAGGUCCCCGGAACUCCAGAUCGCAGCCAUCUGGAGAGAGGACUCAGGGUCCUACUGGUGUCGUGCUGAGACGGUGACCAGCAGUGUCCACAAACGCAGCCUCCCACUCAAGAUCCAUGUGCAGAGAAUCCCCGUGUCUGACGUGCUCCUGGAGAUCCAGCCCCAGGGGGAUCUGGUGGUUGAAGGGGAGACGCUGGUCCUUGUCUGCUCUGUGGCUGAAGGCACAGGGAACAUCACGUUCUCCUGGCACAGAGAGGAUAUGGAGGAGAGUCUGGGGAAGAAGAGUCAGCGUUCCCAGAGAGCAGAGCUGGAGAUCCCUGACAUCAGGGAGAGCCAAGCAGGGAGCUACUACUGCGCAGCUGACAACAGCUACGGUCUCAUCCAGAGUGAGGCAGUGAACGUCACUGUGAGAAGCAUGCCCGGAAACAGAGGAGGCCUUGUUGCUGCAAGAGCCACUGGGGGAACACUCAGCACGCUUCUCCUGGCUGUGGCCCUGCUCUUUUACUGCUGGCACCGGAGGAAACCAGGGACUUCCUCGAGUCAAAGCCUGAACCCACCACCCUGUGCUCCAGUGGUCCUGCUCUCCACAGGAGAUGGUUUUCUGGGAGACACAACCAGAAGCCCUGCCAGCCCAGGCCCCGGAGAGCACCCCCAUCCUGUGUGCCCCGCCCCAGUGGGGCUGCAGCUGUUGUACGACAACGUGCACCUCAGAGAAAGAGACUUGGUGUAUUCUGAGAUCCAGAUUGUUCAGCCGGGAGAAGAAGGAGCAGCCAGUACCUCCAGAACAUCUGUAGAGAAUAAGCAUGCCUCGACUGUUUACUCUGUGGUGAAGGCACAGCUCUGAGAUGAUUCAGCUGGAAAUGUCAGCUCUGAAGAUGAAGAUGCCAUGGAAAGUUAUGCGGGUGUCCCACUCGUGUGCCUUGUCCCUGACCCAAAGCCCCCGGCUCAGUGAAGUCCUCAAGGUUUCUGGAGUGAUCAGCUAGUUCUAGCUUUCCAGUUCUUCCUGCCCAUUCACUCCCAGGACUUUUAAUUCAUUCACUCUGAGGUGGUGAUGGGAAGGCCCUCCAAGGUCUUCGCUAAAAUGACCAGGAUCCGUGGUCAAGAGAAGAGCCUGUAUGCCUGCUGUGAGCCUGACUUAAUGUGUUUCCUAGGUUCUGAUUUAGGGAAAAGGAAUAAGGAAGGAGAAGGACUGAUGUUGGAAAACAGAAGCACAAAUUUUGGUGAAUUGGGACUUGCACGAGACGGAAAAGACUGAGUGACUCAGGUCUCUGUUCAAUGCAUCUUCAACGAUUCUCCCACUGGGGAAUCAUCUGCAUCAAUUGGUUUCACUAUGAGUGGCUACACGUGUGCUUCACAGACAAUUCAUAGCUUCGUCCCUUCUGCUUACACUGUUUACAUUGUCAAGAUUCAGUUGCAGACCAAAGAAUCCAUUCCAAAUGGUUUACAGAUAAAGGAAUGUAACAGUUUAUAUUAACCACUUUGAAAAACCAUUAGGAGAGCUGGAGAAGCAGGCUCUAGGCUGAGCUUCCAAAAGCAGAAAGUAAUUAUGUUAAUGUCAUUAAGGACAAAACUUUUUAACAUCAGAGAAAAAAAAUACAAAUACAAAAUCAAAAAGCUAAUUAACAACCCUGAAAGCCUAAAUCUGAACAGGAAAUAUCAGCAAACACUGAUGGCAAAUCCUACCUUUUUUAAAAAAACGUUAUUUCCUAGGUCUGUCCACUGGAAAGUCUAGAAAUAAUUACCAACCCAAUAACUCAUUACACAUGUUGUAGUUUCUAAAUACUAUUUCCUACUCAAAGGAUAUGGAGCUCACUUUCUUGUAGGAGCUGUAUCUUUGAGUCAUCAAAUAGGUAAUGUUAGAAUAAUUCCUCCAAUAAACGAAGAAGGACUGAAAGAAAUAGAAAAUGACUAUUCUGUGUGAAUGUUUCAUGCUACAGCUACUGAUUAAGUUAAUAUACAAAAGCCAGCCUAACAUUCUGUGCCUCCUGAUAGGAGUGACCGAUACCACCUACAAAGUUCUUACGCCCGAAACAUCAAAGCUGAAUCCACUCAAGUCUCUAGACCUAACCACCAGUUUUCGGAGUACAUGGGAUCAAGCACUGCGCUAAACAGCACCACGGGAUUGCAGUCAGAAAAAUCUAAACUGCAGGAAAACUCUACAGGGCAAAUGACCUGGUUUCUCCCAAAAAUAAAUGACAAAAAGAAGGAAAGAAACUGAAAGAGGGAAGGAAGGUCUACAAAUUAAAUGCGACUUGAGAUACAUCAGUCAAAAGGAAUGAGUGGGCCUUGACUCAAACAAACCAAGUUAAAAAUAAAUUGCUUAUGAGCUACUAAAGGAAACUUGUGCAUUAAUUUGAAGAAAUUGUGUUUGGAUAAGUUCUGCGUUUGAAGAAUGUUAUGUGUUUUGGAUAUAAAUGAUAAUAUUGUGGUUAUAAAGGAGCAUUCAUCUUUUACCUCAUACUGAAGUAUUUGUAGAUUAAAUGUUAUGAUUUUGUUUGAAACAAUCUAAGGAGGGGAGGGUGGGUAGGAAGUGGGUAGCGGUACAGAUGAAAGGAGACUGGUCAUGUGAGCACCAUUUCUGAACCGGGUGACAGGUACCUUGUGGGAGGAAGGACAGCUUAUACUAAUCUCUGCUUUUGUG